UCCUUAAUUGAAAACAACUUCACAUCUGAUUGGAGCUACUACAGUGGACGUUUCUUUCUUGCGAAGAUUUUUAACAUUGUUAAAUAAUAUUUUUUUUAAAACAAUUCCUUAAUUUACAAAAAAUGUCCACAGAUAUUCUUGGAUUUUUAUAUGCUGCUACUGUAGCUGCCGGCGGCAUAAUGGGCUACGUUAAAGCCGGAUCCAUACCCUCAUUAGGUGCUGGUUUGGCCUUUGGUGCUAUUCUUGGCGUAGGUGCACAUUUUAAUUCACAAGAUCCGCCACGUCCACUACUACAAUUGACCACAUCGGUGGUAUUGGCCGGCAUAAUGGGUGCACGUUUCCAACGUUCGGGAAAAAUGAUGCCUGCUGGCAUGAUUUGCAUUAUAUCUGUUGCCGCUAUAUUGCGUAAUUUAUACACAUAUAAUCGUUAUUUGCCAUUACCCGGUAGACAACAGUAAAUGCAGUUAUGUACAUAGAAUUAUUUUUAUAUACAUGUAUGUAUGUAUUGUACAUUCGUGUAAGGGCUUUCAUUAAUUAGUAAUGCAUUGCUGGCAAAAUAACUUGCCGUAUCAUAGUUUUAAUAUUACUAAAUGCAAAAAUUUAUAUAAAUUUAUAUAAACUCACUUAGUAUAUCUUAUAGUUUGUUAAUUUGGGUGAUUUGGUCUGCAACAUUGUACUUCAAAAAUAAUUUUAUAUCAUAUAUUGUAAAUUAUGUACAUUUACAUACAUAUGUUUGUAAUUAAUGUGCAAAUAAAGUUGUUGUUCUCUUU